AUGGAAUACUUUCAGCCUGAAAUUGACAGAUUUAAGGGACUGACUAUAGACUCUGAAAAAAUUAUCCCUUUAGAUGAGAAAGAGUUUGAAGAAAGACUAUUAGAAUCACUGGCUCAGUGGAAAGCAUCUGGUUACCGAGGUGUGUGGGUGAAAGUUUGGAGUAAAUAUGCUUCACUUGUCCCAAUUUGUAUCAAAGUUGGCUUUGAUUUUCAUCAUACCCAACCUGGUUAUGUAAUGCUUUGUCAGUGGCUACUAGAUAAGGAACCUAACAGUUUACCAGAAUAUGCCAACCAUUACAUUGGUGUAGCUGGAUUUGUGGUCAAUGAUAAAAAUCAGCUUCUUGUGAUUCAAGAAAAAUUUAAGAGCAGUGAACAUUGGAAAUUACCUGGAGGUCAUGCUGAUAAAGGGGAAAAUAUCUAUGAAACUGCUAUCAGGGAAACUUAUGAAGAAACAGGCGUCAAGUGUGAAUUUGAUUCAUUGCUGGCAUUUCGUCAUCAACAUAACUACCGAUAUGCUUGUUCGGAUCUUUAUUUCAUUUGUGUAUUACAUCCACUGAGUGAAGAAAUAAGAUCAUGCCCCCGUGAAAUUUCUAAGUGCCAAUGGAUGGACCUAGACGAGUACAUUAACAAUCCUCAUGUCUCUGAUGCUAAUAAAUUUUUUGCCGAAUCCUACAAAAAGCAACAAGCCAAUAAGAUGUGCAUCAGGCCUUCACGUAUUUGGAAUUACUCGAAAACUGUAAAGAAUAACAUUUACACAAUUCAACCUUUGGAUAAAUCUAUGUAA